GAAAAAUCAACACAACUAUAAAUUGUUAUGUAAGAAGAAAAAAAAAGAGAAAAAAAAGGAGAUCUAUUUUUAUUUUCUUCCAAUUGGAUAGACAAAUAAAUAAAUAAAUAAGUCAAUAAACAUUUAAAAUUGAAUAUUAAAUAAUGAAAAUUGAAUUUUAUUGUCGUUAAUGAACUUUAUGAAUGAAUAAUUAAAACAUGCCUGGAACAGAAUUCAGAUUGAAAUCACCAAGUGAAAUGCAUUAUGAUCAAUAUCAUCAACUGUUAAAUGUUGAAAGAGAAUUGCCAGAAAAUUCAAAUUCACAAGAAUUAUCGCCAUUCAGUGACAAAACAGAUAUUGUGCCAAAUAAUGGUAACAAUAAUAAUAGUAAACGUUUUCUUCAAAAGAAUUGGUUAAAGAUAAUCUUACUAUUAUUGAUUGUUAUUUGUAUUAUAUUUCCAGCAAUAUAUUUUCUAUGUUAUAAUUUAAUUCAUUGCAAUACAAAUCAUCUAAUAAAUAAAAAUACUACUUAUAUACAAAAUAAUAUAAUCUCAUCAAAAUCAAAUCAUUGCUCAAAUUCAUCUCAUUCAACUUUAUACUCAUCAUAUACAAUCAAUUCAUUGUUCAAUAAUUAUACAAAUACAAAUGAUUCACAUAUGAAUAUAUUCAUUAAAACAAUAAAUCAAAUUGAAAAUCAUACAUUAAAACAAAAUUAUAGUAUUAAUAAUAAUAAUAAUAUAAAUUUAGAUUUUGGCCUAUUUGAUGAACCAAAUGAAGAAGAAUAUGAAAAUGUUGUCAAUUUUUUAAAAUUAAAAUUUAAUUCAUUUUAUGCAUUUAAUAAAUAUACUACUGAUAAUCAAUUAUUCAUUAAUAAAACAUGGUUUGAACAACUUAAAAUGAAUUAUUUAUUAAGUUUCAAUUUAUAUAUUCCUAAUAAAACAGAACGUUUCAAUUAUUUCCAUACAUUACAUAACAAUAGUAAUAACAGUAAUAAUAGUAAUAGUAAUAAUAAUAAUGGUGAAUUAACUCAAUUAGAAAGAUAUGGCAUUGUAAUUAUCUUAUUUGGUUCAUUAAAAAUUCCUAAAAUUAAAGAAUAUUAUAUUGGUCCAUUAAAUAAACCAAAAAUAAUUAAACUUUUAAAUAUAUAUCCAUAUUAUAAAAGACCAUUAUUGAAUAUUGAAUAUAAAAUUUUAUUAGAUUAUUUAACGAUACAAAUAAAUCGUAUAAAUAUGAUUAUUGAAGAAACCUAUUCAGCAAGUUAUUUUAUGAAUAAACCAUUGAAUCCUUAUUGGUUAUAUAAAUAUAAUAAAUUAAAUAAUACAAAUUCAUUAUGCCAACAAUUAAUUUAUAAUAAUAAUAAUAAUAAUAUUAAAGGAAGACCAAGUUGUUUAAUACCAAUAUUUGCUUCACCAUUGAUUACACUUGAAGCACCAGAAAGACGUCGUAUAUGGAUAAGAUUAUGCAGACAAGUUAUUCCAUUUAUACAAUAUCCUGUAGAUAUUCAAUUUCAUAUUGAUCAAACAUCAUUGGAUCCAGAUGAGUGGGAUUUAUUAAGUAUUUGGUUUCAAGGUCAGAUGUUCACAUCGAUUGAAGAACUUUUGAGUAAAUAUCAUUCUGGUGAACUUAAAGUGAUCAAGCAUCAGUUUGUAGAUAUGUAUCAUAACCAAUUAAAGCCGGGUCCCAGUCAGCAAUCCACAACACAUAACAAUCGAUUCAUGAAAAGUAAUUCUCAAACAACUAAUCGUAAAGACAGUUUAAUUCACGUAAGGAAACGUCGAAUACAAUAUGACAGAUGGGAUUUUCAUGUAACUGUUAGAAGAGAUACAGGACUUAGAGUGUUUAAUGUAUACUUUGCAAAUGUUAGUUUGAUAUCUGAAGCUGGUUUAGAGGAAACAGUAACAUCAUACUGGGGUAAAUCCCCAUUUAUGCAAGCAAUGACAUCGUUGGAAUCAAUGUUUGGAAUAGGCGGUAUGACUUCAGAACUAAGUCCAGGUUUGGACUGUCCAAAAGAUGCUAUCUACUUACCAGUGAGAUUGAUUGAUUCAGGUGAAACUGGUCCUAAAUUUAUAAAAAAUGGUAUUUGUUUAUUUGAAUGGAAAACUAAUCCUCAUAAUGGUCCAGUUAGACGACAUUUUGAAUUUCAUAUUAGUGAUCAUUUUGGUGAAAAAGGUGAAGCAAAAUAUACAAAUUUUGGUCUUGGUAUAACAAGUUAUUCAUUAGUUGUACGUACAAUAUCAACAUUAUUCAAUUAUGAUUAUAUAUUCGAUAUAAUUUUCUAUUCAUCUGGUGUUAUUGAAUUUUCAGUAACACCAACUGGUUACAUACAUGUUGAUGUAGAAUUAAAUUUUUAUCAAUAUAAUUCAAAAUAUGGUUUUCCAGCUGUAAUCAAUCCAAUCUAUAUGGUUAUACAUCAUCAUUUAUUUCAUUAUAAAAUUGAUGUAGAUAUUGUGAAUAAGGAGAAUUUUAUUAAAGUAGUCAAAAUACAUGGACCAUUAACAGAGAAUCAAUCAAAUCAUUCUGAACUAUUAUGGUUAUCUAUAGAUAUUCCUAAAACUGAAAUGGAAGCAAGAUUUUCAACAAAAUUUGAAUUUCCUAAACAAUAUUUAAUCUGUUCAACAAAUUCUAAUAUGAAUGAUUUAAAUAAAACAAGUCAAUAUUAUAAAAAUGAUAAAUGUUUAUCAAUUAUCAAUAAGGGUCAAGUUAAAACAAUUUUCAGUGAUAAAUAUACAAAAUCAUUUGCUUGGUCCAGACAUCAACUUUAUGUUACUCAACAACAUGAUAAUGAAUCAUUUGCAUCAUCAAUAUUCAAUGGAGUUGAUUUAAGUUCACCAGUUGUUGAUUUCACAAAAUUCAGUUCAAAUAAUGAGUCAAUAUUCAAUGAAGAUCUUGUUUUGUGGUUAACUGUUGGUAAUUAUCAUUUGCCAAGACAUGAAGACCUACCAAAUACAGCUACUAGUGGUGGACCAUUAUCCAUAUUUAUAAUGCCACACAAUUUAUUCACUUAUAGUCCAGAUGCUUUCGGUUGUAAUCGAUUUUAUACUGAAUCGUUGAAUGAGUGGAUAACAGGACCACAAAUGAAAGAAGAAUGUCAAAUGGAACCAAUUCCAAUGUUAUAAUAAUUCAAACGAUUAGCGCAUUAUCUUAUCUCAAAUAAAUGUCAUUCUAAAAAAACAAAACAGUUUCACUGGCAACAUUUGUAAAUAUAUAUUACAUAACAAUUAAGUAACUAAAUUCAAUACUUAUCAGAUAUAUUCCCAUGAAUUAUUUAGUAUACAAUACAUAACAUUAGACCAUACAUUAUAGUUUAAUAUUUUUUGUAUUUAGUAUUAUGGGUGUGUAUGUGUGGAUGAUUGGUGAAAAUUUGUGUACGCUGUAUAUGGAGGUCAGAUAGAGAAUAAAAU